AUGCUCAGAAUUUUAAGGAGGGACAGAGGAACCUGUUUGCUGUUCGGAGCACUUCUUGUGGCUGUUUAUUUCUUUAAAGAUUGUAAAGACCACAAAACCUUUUAUCUACAAACUGUGACAAAAGAAAGCCAUCAAACAACCAUCAAAAACAACUCCUAUGUAUACUCCUGGCCAAGAUGUCAAAAAAAUAUGGCACCUGCCACAAUCCGAGGCUUUCGAUAUCUUCAGGAAAAGUUUCAAGACUUUCUUUACUAUCAACACUGUCGCCAUUUCCCCAUGCUUCUGGACAUGCCUGACAAAUGCGGAGGAGCUGAGGAAUCUGCAGACAUCUUCCUUCUGCUGGUCAUUAAAAGCCCCCCUGAAAACUACGAACGCCGAGAGGUGCUGCGAAAAACCUGGGCCAAAGAGAGGUUAUACAAUGGUGUGUGGAUUCGAAGGAUCUUCAUCGUAGGAACAAUGGGGACUGACGAGACUAAAGAGAGGCUCAACAAAGUCUUAGAACUGGAGCAACGCGAGUACAACGACAUCCUCCAAUGGGACUUUAAUGAGUCAUUCUACAACCUCACCUUGAAGCAGAUACUCUUCCUGGAAUGGAUGGAAAGAAACUGUCCUAACGCUCAAUUUCUUUUAAAUGGUGAUGAUGAUGUUUUUGCCAACACAGACAACAUGGUUGAGUAUCUCCAAAGCCUAAAGGAUAAUAAUGGAAGCCAGCACCUUUUCACUGGCAAGCUGAUCACAAAUGCUAGCCCCAUUAGAUGGAUACACAGCAAGUAUUUUGUCCCAUUUCAGGUGCACAGGUCAAGAUAUUAUCCCCCCUACUGUAGUGGUGCGGGCUACCUCCUGUCUGUCAACACAGCUUUGGUCAUAUAUAAAAUGUCCAAGUCCAUUAGCCUUGUUCCCAUUGAUGACGUUUACAUGGGGAUGUGUCUGGCCAAAGCAGGACUAAGUCCUACUUCUCAUGAGGGUGUGAAAUUAUUCGGUCUGUCCCCCCAAAAACUAAAUGACCCUUGCUUUAUUAAAGACAAGCUAGUGGUACACAGAUACCUUUCAUGGGAAACGUAUUUCAUGUGGCAAAAAAUACAUGACCCGGAUCUGAAUUGUAGUACUUCGAAAGAGAACUAA